AGACACUGGUGUAGGGAACAACUUCCACUGUGGUCUUGCAGCUUUCAAAGAAAACAGGUUUCACUCUGAAGAAUGGAUGAUAUCUACAUGAACAAUACUUCACAGAACAGAAGCUCUAAUUUCACAGAGAGCAUGGAUUAUGAUUUUGCAGAAGCUAGAUUCAUCAUGUUUGUGGUGGAUUGCAUAAUCAUUUGUAUCGGCCUUCCUUUGACUCUCUUGGCCAUUUAUGCUCUUUAUUCUCUGGUAAAAGAUGAUCAUAUUGCUCCGAUCUACGUCAUCAACCUUCUCAUUACCGACGUCAUUCAGCUCUGCUGCCUGAUCGUUGAGGUGUCACAGCGUGAGAGGCCCACAGAAACGUUCUCCGAUUUAAUCCGCUUCUAUUGUCUAACGACCAGUGUUUGCUUCAUGGUGUGCAUCGCCAUGGAAAGGUAUUUGGUCAUCGCCUGCCCACUGUGGUACCGCCUCAGACGAACCAUCAAGAUCUCUGUGCUGGUUUCACUCUGAAGAAUGGCGUUUUAUAUUGUCUUUGCCCCCUUCGUUCCCUACAAUUAUUUUGGAGAAGCUGGACUCAUCAUGAAAGUGGUGACAUGCAUUGUCGUUUGUGUCGGCCUGCCUUUGACCCUCAUGGCCAUCUAUGCGCUUUUUUCUCAGGUGCGAAAUGAUCAUGUUGCUCCGAUCUUCGUCAUCAACCUUCUCAUUUCUGACCUCAUUCAGCUCUGCUGCUUGAUCGUUGAGGUGACGCAGCCGAAGGAUCAGAUAUAUAAAAUCUUCACAUAUAUUUACUACUUUUGUAUGGGGGACAGCGUUUGCUUCAUGGUGGUGA